AAAAUUUUAAAUUUGAAUUAUUUCAUUAUAAAAUAUAGUUUACAAAUAUAAGACUAUCUAUUCAUUACUUACAUUAUUUUUAAUGCUAUGUUUUGUCUUUGAUCCUUUACUUUUUGGUAUUCUAAAAAUUGAUACUUGCAAUGGAAAAAAUUGAGGAGUCACUACUAGUAGAUGUGAGACAAAUUCCUGAAAUAUAUCGAAGUAUUUUCGCUGCAUAUCCUUCUUUCAAUCGAGUUCAAUCUGAAGUAUUUCACGAUGUUUUCGAUACAGAUCACUCGUUGGUAUUAUCUGCUCCAACAGGAUCAGGAAAAACUGUUGUAUUCGAAUUGGCUAUAAUUCGGCAAUUGAUUGCUGCAGAGAACUCAAAGUAUUCUAAUAUGUUUCAAAUAGUCUACAUUUCUCCGAUGAAAGCAUUAUGUGAAGAGAGACUUAUCGACUGGCACAAAAAGUUUUCUCCAUUUGGUAUAAAUUGUAUAUCUGUUACUGGCGAUAGUGACUAUAUGGAUUUUCACAGCUUAUCCAAUCAUAAUCUCAUAAUAACAACACCUGAAAAGUGGGAUUCAAUAACCAGAAGAUGGAAAGAGAAUAAAAGAUUGAUACAAAUUAUCAAAUUGUUUAUGAUAGAUGAAGUUCAUCUUUUGAAUGAAGAAAACAGGGGGGCUGCACUGGAAGUAUUGGUGUGCCGUAUGAAAACCAUCCAAAGUAGUUUGUUUGAUGACACUGAUAAUUUGCCGAGGUCAGGACAAAAUAUUAGGUUCUUGGCUGUCUCAGCAACUUUUCCUAAUAUUGAAGAUGUAGGAGAUUGGCUUGGUGCCAAAAAUUAUAGUUUUGAAAAUAGUAUGAGGCCUGUGAAACUAAAAACUAUAGUUCUUGGUUUCAACCAUAACAGAUCUAGUUCAAUAUUCAAAUUUGAUAUUUCCCUGAACUAUAAAUUACCUGGUUUGAUUUUGAAAUAUUCCAACGGCAAACCAACUCUAAUAUUUUGCAAUACCCGUAAAACUGUCGAAAUGGCUACUAAACACCUAGUACAGACCCUCACGAUUCCACUAAGCGUCACUCAAAAGGAGAUCCUAAUGAAAGCUUGUUCUUCGAUCAAAGACUCCAAGCUUAAAUCAGCAAUAUCUCAUGGUAUCGGCUAUCAUCAUGGGGGCCUUCUCCCCGAAACAAGAUCAAUUGUCGAGCAGCUAUUCCGUAACGGAGGUCUUCCAGUUCUUGUGACUACUAGUACUUUAGCUACUGGUGUUAAUCUACCUGCCCAUCUGGUCAUCAUUAAAUCGACAAAGUUCUAUGACAAAGGAGGCUUCCAGGAUUAUUCGGCUUCUGCUUUGUUGCAGAUGUUGGGGAGAGCUGGAAGACCACAGUUCGAUACAGAAGCCACAGCACUAAUUAUGACUUCUACUGCAGAUGUGGCAAAGUUUGAAAAGAUGGUGGACGGAAAAGAAAACGUCGAAUCCAACCUGCACAGACACCUAACAGAGCAUCUUAACGCUGAAAUAGCACUGAGGACCAUAACAGAUUUGGACGUUGCUAUGAGAUGGCUAUCUUCGACUUUCCUCUACAUAAGGGCUAGAAAAAAUCCCAGGCACUACGGUAUACCGCUUGGUUUAACAACUGAUAAGAUAGACAAAAAAUUGCUUGAAAUUUGCCAGAUCGACCUCAAUAAGUUGGUGAAAGCUGAAAUGGUUUCUAUGGAUGAGGAUGUUAAUAUAAGUCCCACUUUUCUUGGCACUCUCAUGGCCAAAUAUUAUAUUUCUCUUGAAUCCAUGAAAUUGAUGAAAUCGAUGAAUGGUAAUGAAGUUUUACAGCAAGUUCUGUCUGUCAUCUCUAAGAGCAAGGAAUUCUCAGAUAUGAGGCUUCGUGUAGAUGAAAAGAAAUGUCUUAAUCUUUUGAACAGAACGAAAGAUGAAAACUCAAUAAGGUUUCCGUUCAGUGGAAAAAUCAAAACUUUAGACAUGAAAAUCAAUUGUAUAAUCCAAGCUGUAUUUGGAUGUUUGGAGAUUGAAGAUCAGUCUAUUAAAUCUGAAGCCUUCAGGAUCAGAAGAUUAGGAGAAAGAGUCUGUAGAUGUCUCAUUGAGUAUUUGGAAAACAGAGACAACUGCUACUUGGCACUCUUGAAUUCCAUCCUGUUAUGGAAAUGUUUCCGAUCUGAACUUUGGGAAAACUCGAAACAUAUAGCUAAACAAUUUCCCGGAAUUGGUUUGGUCACCUCUAAACAACUGGUGAACGCUGGAAAAACCUGCUUUGAAAAAAUCGCCAAGACGAAUCCUAGAGAAAUUGAAGUGAUAACAAAGAAGAAACCACCUUUUGGUAACAAAAUAGUGGAAAUGUGUAAAUCAAUGCCUAGUUACGAUAUGAAACUAGAAAAAUGUCGCACUCCAAAGGAUUUUCACCUUAAAAUCACCAUAACCUUACUUAACCCACAGGCUUUGGAAGAAUCCACAUUUGUUAACCUAAAUUCAAUUAUGUGUCUACUUGUUGGCAAUAAUUUUAAUCAUAUUCUUCUGCAUGAAAGAUACAUGCAUUCUUAUAUGAUGGAAAAUACGGAAGUUGUUAGAUUCGUAGAAGUCGACAACAAUAUACGUGAACUGACCGAAGUUUAUUGUAACUUCAUAAGUGAAGAUCUAGUUGGUAUUGAUAUCUGUGAAACUUUCUUUGUAAAUGGCGAACCUGCCAAAAAUCCUCAAGUUAAAGAAGUUAACAAAGUGAAACCUACUUCCAAAUCGAUCAACAAAAAAUUAGAUCCCAAAUAUUCUGGCCUUGUUCAAACCUAUAUUGAUAAAUAUAUGAAGUGUGUAAAAAAACCGGCUACAAUAUCUCAGAAUAAACCUGGUGUUGAUGUUACCAAAGAAAAAUUAUCUACGAAGAAUGAAAGUACAAAAAUUCUAGAAUCGAAAAAUUCGGCUGAACAAAAACAGGCAAAUUCGAAAAACUGUACAGAGGUAUCUAAUAGAUACAGCUUAUCUGACUUAGAUGAGUCAGUUACCGAGAUAUGUGAGAAUGAAAACGUGAAAAACUCAGAAAAAGAAGAAAUAAAGCUCAUAGAUGAAGACUUAUCCACCUUACCUCAAUUUGAUGAGAUAUCCAAUGACAAAUCUGAGAAUGAAAAUUCGAAAAAUUCAGAAAAAGAGAAGACAUAUCCGUCCAAAUCAUUUACCGAUGAAGAAAUUCUAGAAUCCGUCGAAUUUCUUCUAGAUAACGAUCAGGAAAUUCCAAGUAUACCUGAUGAUCAUCGAAAAGAUCGAAACGUUGGCGGUGUUCUUCCCAACAAUCUUCUAUAUUCCGAUUUGAGCGGAGAACUUUCAAAACUCUACGAUAAAUAUGGAACAACCAAAAAAGGUGAUGUUGGCGCUAAAGAACCGGAUAUGGAGAAGAAUAAGAAGCUAACAUUCUCAGGACAGACUACAACAGAUAAAUGUAUCGGAAAAACUUCGUCGAACGCAUCGAAAAAUGUGAAAAUACAUUCGGUGCAGUCUUUUGAAAAUGCCCUCUUCAAUCCAAAAACUGACUCCUUGAGCCUUUUCCGUUACCAACCCUCCAAAAGAUUAUCAUCCUCGUCUGGAAGAAAUGAUCCGCUCUUCGCUCCAGAAAGUAAACGCAAAAAACUGGAUACGUCGAACGAGAAAUCGAUGGAGGAAUUGAUGGAAAACUUGGAUAAGUUUAUUGGACCCAACGAGAAGGAAUCUUUGCAAUAUUCGAAGUCGAUCAAGUGGAGGUCACCCCUUGUUUAUUCGCCCCCAGUCAAGUUUUCUCCCAAAAUCUCCUCUAAUUUUUCCUUCUCUGUGCCUAUGCCGAAAAAUAAUGAUUCUGAGAAUUCCCACGAUUGGAGUUUGAACACCGUCGAAACCAACAACUCUUCAAAAACCGUUGCAACUCCAGAAACCCCCAAAAGCCUCUCAAGAUCCCGAAACCAAGGCACCAAAUUCCUUUUGGCCGACAAAGAAUACGACACCAUAGAAAAACCACUCAACAGCACCAUCUCAUCACUUCGAACGCCUCAUAAGCCCCAGCAAAUCCAGGAUUUUUUCUCUUCCUCCUUCCUCGAAGACCUUGGCUACACCGAGAAGCAGAAGGUGACUUCGAACAUGAGAUGUUUCUCUCAGAAAUCUCACGAUCUCAACACUUCUGUGCAGAGCGCUGGGUCGUACUACCACCAUUUGGCCAAAAACGAUCAAACGCAAAAGGAGGAGUCAAUGCAAAUAUCCCAAAAACCGUUUUACCUCAGUCAGAAUCAGCUGACCUUGAGCGACAACGUGAAUGGUACCAUGGUACCACCUAAGGCUCAGUGGAGUCAGAGUCAAGUGGUUAGUAGAGAAAGUUAUGUACCUUAUCAGGUGGAAAUCCCAACUAGAGGUAGGUUGACUGAGGUUCCAGAUAGAAAUUUUGAUAACUCUAUGUUAGAGGCGAAUCAUCACCAGUACUACAACAUAAUGCCCGGUGAUGUUACAAGACCAGAGUAUGAACAAACUGGAAGAAACGCUUGGACUACUCAGGACUUCUUGCAGCGACAUAAUUCAGCCAGUUUCAACAACCAAUUUGGUUAUAACGCUCCACAGAUGGCAAGACACCCUUCAGUACUUCAUAACACAGACAGUGUUCACAAGGAAGCCAACUCUUUUCACCCUUACUUAAGCAACCCUAUGUCCAACAACAACUUCACAGAUGCUCUACAGCCCCAAAUGGAGAUUGAGGUACAAAAACAUGCACCAAUUAUGACUAGUACCAUAAUGAACCAAAGCUUCGAUCCGAGAUGUCUUCAGGAUGGCUACGCCAAUGUUCAUCCUUCUGAGCUACACAAUAGAUAUCUGAUGGAAAAAGAAAACUUGAAUCACCACGUAAAUUCUCAAGUUGGAGCUGGGCAAUUCAGAAAUUACCAAAGUGAUUCCCAAGGUUUCUUCCUGAACCAACAAGAGGCUUCACAAGUAUUCAACGGGCCCAAGACGAACCCCCUGUGGAACACCCCCUGUGCAGCCCAUAGAAUUUUCAACUGCUUCUUUUGUCCCAAGCAGGUCCCUGUUGCUCAAGCAAGUGCUCCAAGUUACCAGCCUAGUUUCAACAGAAACCCAUCGUUUAGUCUACCAAACGCUAUACCAGCAGCAAAUGCAGAGAUGUACCGAAGACCUGAGCUUCCUAAUGGGUUCUUCAGUGAGCCUUUAUUCAAGCCUUACAGUCAACAUAUGGAAAGACCUCUUCAAGAUACUUCCUUCUUAGAACGUGGUGGAGAAUCUGGUCUUUAUGGAGGCCAGAAAUAUGUCCAACCGAUCAGAAGGACGCAGCAGUACAGUGCUGGUCUUCAGGAAGGUUUUGGAGGUCAACAUAUGAAUGUACAGGGUGGAAUGGCUUACCCAGACAAUCGGAGGUCUAUAGGUGAGUCUAGAAACGAUAAGAAUUUCAUGUUAACUAAGUUUUUGAAUUCCUUCGAUGACUCCUUGAAGAACCAAGAGUAAAUUAGGCCCAAAAUGUAUUUGUGUUGACGUUUUGUUACUGUUAUGUUGUUUUUGUUGUUACUUUGUAGUUGAUUUUCAAUGAAGUUCUGGCAAUCAAUUCACACUGAAUGUAUUUGAGAUAAAGUUCAUCCUUAGUUUUGUUGAUUUUGUGUCGUUUUAUUUUCAAUAAAGUGCUCGUAACUCAA